UAUACCAAUUGAAAAUUCGUACAUUUACGAUUAUAGAGCUUUAUAAUGCCAUAGUCAAGGAACUAUAAAAAAGAAAUGACUAUUUUCAAAAAGAAAGUUUUAUUUUAGUACAAAAUAUUAGUGUCAUUUAUGUCAAGACAUUAAUAUGAGAUAGGUAGGUACUGAAUAUAUUUCAUUUUGCUCAUAAUUUAUAAUGGCCAAAAUUCCAUUCUGGAUUAAUUAAUUUACGACGAUUACAAAUUUGGUUAAAAAUGUUUUUUAGCACAAUUACAUUUUGACAAGAUUCAAAUUGGACACAAUUACUUUUGAUCCGACUUCAGAAUGGUCAUUUCAAGUGGACGAUUUUCCAUUUGUACCUAAUGACAGUAAAUCUGAUAGAGUAAUCAUUUAAUGAAUCAUAAUAGUAAUAUGGCAUGCAUUAUUCUCGCGAGCCUGCUUAUAGCGACGUCGCAUAAUACAUAAUAUAUAAAAUACAAAAAUGCAUAAAGUAUGUGACGGCAUUUUUUAUACGUGACUAUUAUGCAGUGACAUAGCGAUAAUAUUUAUUAUCUUUUGCAAAACUAGCACAGAAGUGCCUUAGGAGUCAAGCCAUCAUGUCGCUGACUAAAAUUAUUGUUGUAAUAGUCGUUCUUAGCGCGUAUUCAAACACCCUCAAUUGUGCCGAUAUCGCGCCAUCUAGCGGUGCCUUAAAUUCGCCUACAGCUUUAUCAACUCAACAUGAGAAAGGCAAGGGACGCAGGAAGCGAAACGCGUUCAACCUGUACUAUAUGAUUCGAGAGUGCACUAAAUGUAGUGCGUGGGAUUUGAUGGGCUACGGAAACUACUGUGGAUUGGGCGGAGCCGGUACACCGGUAGACGAUAUUGACAGAUGCUGUCAACAGCACGACCACUGCUACGGCGAUGUUAUAAAGCGCCACGACUGUUGGCGCGUCAAUAUCUACAUAAUGCCUUACGAUUGGAAAGUCUACGGCGGGUCGCCCUACUGCGGCGAUGAGACCAAUCGGUGCAGGAGGGAGAUAUGCCAAUGCGAUAAGGAAAUGACAGAGUGUUUGAAUAGGAUUGGGUGCCCCUAAUGUGACUCCAGAUGGUUUAAAAAAAAAACAAUAUAUUUUGGAAUAAAAACUCAUUCGCACAACUCACACGGAUCGUGUAUAGAAAUUUAAGUUGGCAAUACCGUAUUAUAUUUAGAAAUAUUGUCGCCUAUACCAUUGGGGAGACACUCCUCAUUUCGGGCAUUCUCGGCUCCGUUCGGCUCAGCAUUGCUCCGAGCAAUUGUUAGGGUUGACACAACUUGACGUCCCUUUGCGUGCAAGACCAUCACUUGACAUUUUGACAACCCUAAAUAGCCGAAAGGGAUAGAGCCAUUAGAAAGAGACAGCAUGAUUCGUCCCUGAAUCGCUGUCAA